GGCGCUGCUCCUUCCUGACACACAACACUCGGCGGCUAACGCUAACUAGCUCACGAUGGCCGGACAGGAGGAUCCAGUGCAAAGGGAAAUUCACCAAGACUGGGCGAACCGUGAAUAUAUCGAGGUGAUCACCAGCAGCAUUAAGAAGAUAGCCGAUUUCCUCAAUUCCUUCGAUAUGUCCUGCAGGUCCCGUUUAGCCACUUUAAAUGAGAAGCUUACUGCUUUGGAGAGGAGGAUUGAGUACAUUGAAGCCAGAGUCACAAAAGGGGAAACCUUGACUUAGACAUCGUCCCCGGGACAACACCAGAGUCAAGAAGAUGGCAUCAAACACUCACCUCCUGACUUUUACAUUUUUGUUAAUUAGUUGGCUGUUGUAGAUCAGUUCAUUUCUGUAAGGGACCAUUAUGAUGAUGUGUAUGCUAUAAACAAAUAUGUGUUUUACUUAUUUCAUGCCUGAUUAUGGCUGAGGUUAUGCUUUAUCUGGUCCUUUAUUUAUAACCGGUCAGACGACCUGUUACUGUCUCUGUGGUGCUUGUUCAUGCAAACAUCCCAGUGUCGCUUGGUUGUGACCUGCUUUUAAAUAACUUUGAAACUCCAUGCAAUACAUUAACAGCCAUGCAAAUAUAGACUAAAAUCAACAUGGAGAAACAGAUAUUAUGCCUUUUUUUUAUUUUAAUGAAUAGCUAAUAAUUUUUCGAGUUUUGAUUUGGCCUCCUGUGUUUUACUGGUCAAUUAUUUUAUUUGUGUUUGAAAUACAUUUCUGCCUGCUGUACAUUUAUCAUGUAACAAACAUCUGCACAGAGAGAUGUCAGUUAGAGGUGGGAGUAGAUGGAAAGCACUAAAGUGCCAAUCAGACUGUUUUAAAAGUGUUUAGUGCUUUUUCUCCAGUUACCCAAUUUUAUGUCUUAGAGUCUGUUACUAAGAUGUUUUGGUGGUUAAAUAUUAAAUAAAAAACUCUUAAAUGGU